UUGGGCUACGGGGCGGGCUUUUAAUGAAGGGACGGCAGUGGGAAAGAUGGCGGCGACUCUGGGACCCUCUGGGUGGUGGCAGCGGUGGCGGCGGCGUGUGUCAGCUCGGAAUGGGUCCAGGAUGUUGCUCCUUCUCCUUUUGUUGGGGUCUGGGCAGGGGCCACGGCAAGUCGGGGCGGGUCAAACGUUCGAGUACUUGAAACGGGAGCAUUCGCUGUCGAAGCCCUACCAGGGUGUGGGCACAGGCAGUUCCUCACUGUGGAAUCUGAUGGGCAAUGCCAUGGUGAUGACCCAGUAUAUCCGCCUUACCCCAGAUAUGCAAAGUAAACAGGGUGCCCUGUGGAACCGGGUGCCGUGCUUCCUGAGAGACUGGGAGUUGCAGGUACACUUCAAAAUCCACGGACAAGGGAAGAAGAAUCUGCAUGGGGAUGGCUUGGCAAUCUGGUACACGAAGGAUCGGAUGCAGCCAGGGCCUGUGUUUGGAAACAUGGACAAAUUUGUGGGGCUGGGAGUAUUUGUAGACACGUACCCCAAUGAGGAGAAGCAGCAAGAGCGGGUCUUCCCCUAUAUCUCAGCCAUGGUGAACAAUGGCUCCCUCAGCUAUGAUCAUGAGCGGGAUGGGCGGCCUACAGAGCUGGGGGGCUGUACAGCCAUUGUCCGCAAUCUGCACUAUGACACCUUCCUUGUGAUUCGCUAUGUCAAGAGGCAUUUGACGAUAAUGAUGGACAUUGACGGCAAGCAUGAGUGGAGGGACUGCAUCGAGGUGCCCGGGGUCCGUCUGCCCCGGGGCUACUACUUUGGCACCUCCUCCAUCACUGGGGAUCUCUCGGAUAAUCACGACGUCAUCUCCCUGAAGUUGUUUGAGCUGACGGUGGAGAGAACCCCAGAAGAGGAGAAGCUGCAUCGAGAUGUGUUCCUGCCCUCGGUGGACAACAUGAAGCUGCCUGAGGUGAGUGCCCCGUUGCCACCCCUGAGUGGCCUGGCCCUCUUCCUCAUCGUCUUCUUCUCGCUGGUGUCUUCCGUAUUUGCCAUUGUCAUUGGUAUCAUACUGUACAACAAGUGGCAGGACCAGAGCCGGAAGCGUUUCUACUGAGCCCUCCCGCUACUUCCGCCCCUGUGGCUGUCACCGUGAGCCAGAGCUGGCCCGAGCGUCCAGCCAGCCGGGCCUUCUCCAGUCUCCAGCAGUGGGUCAGAGACUCUGUUCUCUCACUGGAGCUUUGAAUGCAGGGAUACUGCAUUGCCGUGGUGAUCCAUGGGGACAUCUCGCUGGUUCCGGAAGCCCACCUACCCCAGGGCAGUGCUGCUGUGAUGUGCCUUUCCCUGCAGUCCUUCUACUUGGGAGCUAAGAGGGAUGGAGAGAAUAUAUAUGGUUCUGAUGCCAAGAUCACAGAAAAGAAUUUCAUAGCUCAGGCUGCCUUGUUGUUGGACUCUGAGGACCCUUGUGCUUCAUUUUUAAAUCCACAGAGAACACAACACGGAUAACUCCUCAUACCUUCCAGGCAUCCAUUUGUCGGGUUUUGCUUUUCGUCCAAGCCUCUGUCCACCUGAGGAAUUUCCCCUGGAAAUCUGGAUGGAAACUUCUUCCCUGUGUUGCCUUCUCCCUCCACUCAUUGCUCUCUCCACAUGCAGCCUGAGCUGGAAGAGACAUCUGGAUGCCUCU